UCCGACUCCGUCGAUUCAUCCUCAUGUCAGAUGGCCAGAUAUACCUACUGAGUUGAUGGCGUGGCAGUACGGGGCUAGCUUUCCGACUCCGAUUCCACUAGAGCCUCCGAUGCCCAGCGAUCGAUACGCCAUUGAUCCGGACUCACCGCCGCCAUCGCGAGGGUACAUGGAGGAGGUGGUUGGACUGGUGGCCACACUCGAGGGCAUGGUCCUACGCAGGGAGGCACAGUUGUCUGUCGCGGGCAUUCAGAUGCCUUCAUGGUCCGGUCAGCCGCAGACCAGGCCACCUGGGCCUCCUUGGGGAGCUGGGCCAUCUGGGCCUUUCCAUGGAGUUGGGUCACCCGGGCCUUUUCAGGGAGCGGGGUCAUCUCGGCCUUCCAGAGGAGCCGGGCCUUCUCGGCCUUCUCGGGGACCUGAUGAGGAGGAGGAGGAUGCUGUGGAAGAGGAGGAGGCUACCGACCGUCAGUCAGAGACAUUUGCUGAGGAAGGAGGCUCCGACUCAGAUGAUGAUGAUGGUGUGGAGAUUGUCCCGCAAAAGAGGACAAGGCGUGCUUCUCGUUCCCGCUCCCGAGGACUUUGA